ACGAUGUCUGGGAGCCGCCAGGCCGGGUCGGGCUCCGCCGGGACCAGCCCUGGCUCCUCGGCGGCCUCCUCGGUGACUUCCGCCUCCUCGUCCUUGUCCUCUUCCCCGUCGCCCCCUUCCGCGGCGGUGGCGGCGGCGGCGGCGGCGUCCGGCGGAGCGGCCCAGGCCGCGGGUUCGGGCGGCCUCGGGGGCCCGGCGCGGCCUGUGCUGGUGGCCGCCGCAGUGUCCGGCAGCGGCGGCGGGGCGGUGUCCGCGGGCCUGUCUCGGCUCAGCUGCGCGGCCAGGCCCAGCGCCGGCGUGGGAGGGAGCAGCUCCAGCCUCGGCAGCGGCAGCAGGAAGAGACCUCUGCUCGCCCCCCUGUGCAACGGGCUCAUCAAUUCCUACGAGGACAAAAGCAACGACUUCGUGUGCCCUAUCUGCUUUGAUAUGAUUGAGGAAGCAUACAUGACGAAAUGUGGCCACAGCUUUUGCUACAAGUGUAUUCAUCAGAGUUUGGAGGAUAAUAAUAGAUGUCCCAAGUGUAACUAUGUUGUGGAUAAUAUUGACCAUCUGUAUCCUAAUUUCUUGGUGAAUGAGCUCAUUCUCAAACAGAAGCAAAGAUUUGAGGAAAAGAGGUUCAAAUUGGACCACUCAAAUGGCCACAGGUGGCAAAUAUUUCAGGAUUUGUUGGGAACUGAUCAGGAUAACCUUGAUUUGGCCAAUGUCAAACUCAUGUUGGAAUUACUAGUGCAGAAGAAGAAACAACUGGAAGCGGAAUCACAUGCAGCCCAACUACAGAUCCUUAUGGAAUUCCUCAAGGUUGCAAGAAGAAAUAAGAGAGAGCAAUUGGAACAGAUCCAGAAGGAGCUGAGUGUUUUGGAAGAGGAUAUUAAAAGAGUGGAAGAAAUGAGCGGCUUGUACUCUCCUGUCAGUGAGGAUAGCACAGUACCUCAAUUUGAAGCUCCUUCUCCAUCACACAGUAGUAUUAUUGAUUCCACAGAAUACAGCCAGCCUCCUGGUUUCAGUGGCAGUUCUCAGACAAAGAAACAGCCUUGGUAUAACAGCACAUUAGCAUCAAGAAGAAAACGACUCACUGCUCAUUUUGAAGACUUAGAGCAAUGUUACUUUUCUACAAGGAUGUCUCGUAUUUCAGAUGAUACUCGAACUGCAAGCCAGUUGGAUGAAUUUCAGGAAUGCUUGUCUAAGUUUACUCGAUACAAUUCAGUACGACCUUUGGCUACAUUGUCGUAUGCUAGUGAUCUGUAUAAUGGUUCCAGCAUAGUCUCUAGUAUUGAAUUUGACCGGGAUUGUGACUAUUUUGCAAUUGCUGGGGUUACAAAGAAAAUUAAAGUCUAUGAAUAUGGCACAGUCAUUCAGGAUGCGGUGGAUAUUCAUUACUCUGAAAAUGAAAUGACCUGCAAUUCCAAAAUCAGCUGUAUCAGUUGGAGUAGUUACCAUAAGAAUCUGUUAGCCAGCAGUGAUUAUGAAGGCACCGUCAUCCUAUGGGAUGGAUUUACAGGACAGAGGUCAAAGGUCUAUCAGGAGCAUGAGAAAAGAUGUUGGAGUGUUGACUUUAAUUUGAUGGAUCCUAAACUCUUAGCUUCUGGUUCUGAUGAUGCAAAAGUGAAACUAUGGUCUACCAACCUAGACAACUCAGUGGCAAGCAUUGAGGCGAAGGCUAAUGUGUGCUGUGUUAAAUUCAGCCCGUCUUCUCGAUACCAUUUGGCUUUCGGCUGUGCAGAUCACUGUGUCCACUACUAUGAUCUUCGUAACACUAAGCAGCCAAUCAUGGUAUUCAAAGGACACCGAAAAGCAGUAUCUUAUGCAAAGUUUGUGAGUGGUGAGGAAAUUGUUUCUGCCUCAACAGAUAGCCAGCUAAAGCUGUGGAAUGUAGGGAAACCAUACUGUCUACGUUCCUUCAAGGGUCACAUCAAUGAAAAAAACUUUGUAGGCCUUGCUUCCAAUGGUGAUUAUAUAGCUUGUGGAAGUGAGAACAACUCUCUUUAUUUGUACUAUAAAGGACUUUCUAAGACUUUGCUAACUUUUAAGUUUGAUACGGUCAAAAGUGUUCUGGAUAAAGACCGAAAAGAAGAUGAUACAAAUGAAUUUGUUAGUGCUGUGUGCUGGAGGGCCCUGCCAGAUGGGGAAUCCAAUGUGCUGAUUGCUGCUAACAGUCAGGGUACAAUUAAGGUGCUGGAGUUGGUAUGAAGGGUUUACUCAAGUUAAAUUGUGUUUGAUCCUGCUGAAAUACAUCUGCAGCUGACAAUGAGAGAAGACAGAAACUGUCCUGUAAUGUCUCUCCCCAAAGUCAUCAUGGGUUUUGGAUUUGUUUUGAGUAUUUUUUUUCCUUUUCUUUUCUCCUUCAUGACCUUUGGGACAUUGGGACUACCCAGUGAACUCUCCACCAUCAAUGUAACUCUAUGGACUUUGCUGCU